AAGGAAACAUUUCAUCCAAUUGAAUUGGCAACUUCAACACAUUCCGCCUUCCGCGCAGGACGUCGCCAUGAACAAGAAGCAGGACACGCUGUGGUCGGCCUUCGGUCGGCAGCGCCAGCCACCAGCCAAGCGCCAGAGGGUACAGACGCUGGUGGAGAGCGAUAUCUCCGUGUCUCGAAGGAAACAGCUCAGAGGCUCGCCAAGUGUCGACGUAGAAACCGGUACCUUGACGGAUGCGGACUUGUUGUCUUCUCAAGAGGAUGCACUGAGUGCUGAGGGGCAGAGCGUCUGCGAUGCUGACGAUUUAGUGGCUUUAGAGACUAGGAAGAGAGCGACAGCUGCAGUCGCGAUGGAGGAGCUGGAGCAAAAGGCGCAGGAAACGCCGAGAGGCAAGUUGAAGCUCAACGAGAGAAAAGAAAUUAAGGACAGUGUACAUGGACUGAUGACGUUCGAGCCGAUCUGCAUGAGGAUCAUCGAUACACUCCAGUUCCAGAGACUUCGAAGUUUGCACCAACUUGGCGCUGCGAACUUUGUGUACAUUGGAGCAACUCACUCCCGGUUCGAGCACUGUCUUGGCGUGGCGUAUCUGGCUGAGAAGAUGAUUGAGAGCAUUCGUUCGCACCAGCCCUGGCUGCCGAUUACAAAGGAGGACGUCACUUGCAUUAAGAUCGCUGCGCUGUGCCAUGAUCUGGGCCAUGGACCGUUCAGUCAUGUAUUCGACGGUCUCUUCCUCGAACAACUACGAAAGAAAAAGCUCAUUCCAAUGACGUUCAAGUGGUCGCACGAGCAGGGAUCAGUGGAUAUGUUCGCUUAUUUACUGACGGAGAGCAAAAUUUCAGUCGAGGACUACGGACUGACCCAACAAGACGUCGUAUUCAUCAAAGAACUCAUUUGGGGCGGACCUUUGCCAGAUUCCAGCGGGAUUCUGCGCGGACGACCGUCUCGUGACCAGCGAUUCCUGUACGACAUCGUGAAUAACGCGAAAAGUGGACUAGACGUGGACAAACUGGACUAUUUCAUGCGAGACUCGCUCCACACGGGGGCUAAAAUGUCGUGUGAUACCGACCUACUUAUUCGUAACGCUCGUGUGCUGGUAGACCGUGACGAUCCUGAAGAAAACAUGGUGGUUUGCUUUCCCGAGAAGCUAGCUGGGCAAAUUAUGCAAGCCUUUCGGGCACGUUACGAGCUUCAUCAGUCCGUGUACCAACACCGAGGAGUCCGUGCUAUUGAUUACAUGCUCUGUGACUUGAUGAUCUCAGCCAACGACCACGUGACGAUCAAAGGAAAACGGAUCUCCGAGAUCAUGUGUUGCAUGGAGGCUUACCAGCAUUUUGACGACCGUGUGCUGCUGAAAAUCCAAGAAAGCGACAGCCCUGAACUAGAAGAGGCGAGAUCGAUACUAAAUCGAAUCUUCUCAAAGCCGUACUACAAUUACGUCGGCAAGACAGCAUUAACGGCGCACUCGCAACAGAAAACGGAGGAUAUGCUGCUGAAUGAAGUGCUGCGGUGCUCCACAAAUCGAUCGCUGAUCACCGAGAAGGACGCAGUUAUACUGGAAUUCAUGCGCGUUCAUUAUGGAAAAGGGAAGGCAGACCCCGUACAACAUGUCAGGUUCUACUCGAAGAAUGCAACCGCAAGCUCCAGGUGCUUCCGCUUGCCCGAAUGCGCGUACGAAAUGUUCAGUCCGCGGAAGUUUGAGGAAUACUCCAUUCGAGUCUUCGUCAAAGAGCCACACCUGGUAAGUCUAUCUACUAGAUAACCCCGCCGCAUUCUCAAUUGUGUUCUGUAGGUUUCACCUGUUCGUGAGGCGUUUGAGAGAUGGUGUCGCAAGUUCAACAACUCGCAAGUGUUUCCACUUGAGUUUAGCACCAAGCUGUGAGAGAUUAUAUUGCUUCACACUUGACGCAGCAGCCAACAGUAGUAAGUAAAAUAAGCCGGCGAACUUAAAACGAUGGACUCCACAUUCAUUUUUCAAGCCGAUAGCGUCGGCUUUUUGAUGUACGCGUCUACUGUGAAGGUGUGUUUUACGGCUUGGAUAGUGCUGUCGCCGCGAUAGAAGUUGCCACUUUGCUCUCCAGAAGCGACAAGUCGUCCGGUUGGGGCAGUGCAAUCUACAAUUUCAACACAAAACGUGAGCAAGAAAGCACAAGAACUCUGACAAAUGGUGGGAACUUACAUCGGAGGGCACCUCGUAGAUGUACGACUUGCCAUCUGCAUCGCCAGUGAUCACGCUCUUGCCGUCGGCGCUCCAUCGGAUCUUGUUCAAUGACUUGUCACUGAUCUUCUCUGAGACUACAGACACCUCGACAUCUCUCAGGAUGUUCCAGAUACUCACACUGCCGCUGCUAUCUGCAACAGCAAACAGUGCCGGGUGCAGGGGGGACCAUCGUACGUCGCUAAUGUAUUCGCUCGACGGCUCGAACGAGAGCACAGGGAACUCAGGGUGUUCGAGACUCCACAGUUUGACCGUCGAAUCCAGAGAACACGUGAGCAGCAGACUAUCGCGGUGUGCUGGCAGCAGUGGGUUGAAGUGCAUGGCCGUAACUGGACCAAAGUGCGAGCCGUCCUUAGAGACUGCCUCGACAAUCACCUCACGGACCAGGUCUCCAGUACUGCUACCGAGUAGACUGUUCCUGUUCUUCUUGUCGGUAUCCAUACUGCUGCUGUCGUCGCCAGCGCCAGCUCCUUGAUCUCCUUGCCCAACACUGCAAAAGAAGUGACCGAGGCUUCCAUCUUCUUGUCCGAGGUGUUGACGGAUGUGUAGUUUGACACGAUAGACAGCGAGAUGCGCAGAUCCAGCAUGUCCAGAGGCUUUUGCAGAUGAUCGAGAUCCCAUACGCACACUCGACCGUCGGUACUGGCAGAGAUCAGUCUACAACAGCCACAAAAUCCCCCAUCGCGUAGAUCGGGUGUGUGUGGCUAAACGCCGACAACGCCGUCUUCUGCACUGGAGCGCUCUUGGCGCGAGUGUCCCAGACCACAAUCUGACCGGAAUACGUGCCGCCGAUGAUAAUAUGACGGUCGAACGGGUUGAAGCACGCACUGGUUACUUGUGAGUGGCACGUAAACCGGUAUUCUGGUCGACCGGGCAGAGCUGUGGACCACAAGAGCACCACUCCUUCCGUGAUUGCUGCCACUUCAGUCAGUGCCGCUGUGGCGGAGUUCCCCAUCGUAUCCCACUGCGACGACAUGCCGUCGUCCUUGUCUUCGUCCUCCAAGAAGUUCCGAGCAGUGUACGCCACCAGAGUGAGCUCCGGGUAGAACGGGGAGACGUCCACAUCUGUGACUGCGCGGUGUUUGGACCACUGACUGUCUGCAAAGACAUACUGCUGCUUCAAGGACUCCGUGGCUUCCUCCACUGCGCUGUCCUGCUCCACGUCGGCUCCGUAGUCAAUCAUAAUGUCAUACUUGCUCGAAGUGUUCAAUGCACGCUCGAUAACCCUCGAAGCCUUGGUUAAAAAGGCCUCCAUCGCAUCAGACUGCAUUAAACUGGUCUUGUCUUCUACUGAUA